GAAAUAAUUUUAGGCUCUUGGAGGUAGAGUAAGUAAGUAAGUAAGGGCUGAAGAGGUCAGAAAUAUAAACUGCUACCUUAAACCUUAAAUUCAAGUGGACAUGCUUUCAAAUAAAAGGUUACACAGGAGCCAAGUCGAGGCAGCCUGUGCUGUCUCCAAACAACGUAACAUGUUUGUAAGUGAGCAGUUAGUAUGAUUGAAUGUGUAGCGUAACCUAACCUCAACCCUAACCUAACCUAACCUUAACCUAACCCUAGCACAUGAAAGGAAACUAAGUCAUCACAGCUGCUGUAAGUUGAAUGACACAGAAGCCUCAAAUGACACAUUGCUGGAGUGAACUUUCUGCAUAGGGAUGGUGAGAGCAAAAACUAGAAACAAAACUAUGCUAAUUUAUGUUACUUGACGAGUCACUACACACUUUUACUGAACCACUGUGUAGCCAAAACGCUGCCUCCAAAUUAGUUUACCUUUACAGUAGGUUCUGAAGCAUUUCUUUAUUUAACCCAUACAUAAUGGAUGGGAAACCUGGUUAAAUCUAAUUAACCUCCUACAAACUUUGAGCACGAGUGUAACAGUCACAGAGUGAAUAUACAGGCCUAGGCUAAGUGAGUAUAUAUAUAUCUUCAAACUAAACAAAAAAUAAACCAGGUACCUCAAAACCCAUUAAUUCAUUACAAUAGCCUAAAACUAAGUAACAUAAUACUGACUGAAAUUAUUUGAAUGUAAAUCUUUCUAUAUAACCUAUUUUCUCCCUCUCCUCCUAAAUAUGCAGAAUGCGAAGACCUCCCUGCGUUUGUUUGUGUAAUUUUAAAAUAAAAUAAAAAUCCUCUUUUUGUUCUUAAACAUGAAUAUGAGAUAUAGUUAUAAAUGUGGGCAUUGCGCCCUCUUGUGGUAAGUUAAGUUCACGACGCGCUUCCGCCUUCGCUGACGCAAAAUCCGGUUGUGCAGCAGCCAUUUUGUCUGUUCGGGCAAGUCUACCCUGACGGUUACGAACUGCAGUUCCACCUUAGUAAAACAAUUUGAAAUGUUGUUGUGGCAUUUCUGUUUCACGUUAUCUACUAUCUGAGCGCCGUAUAAAAUUGAUAUCUUAAUUUUACACGUCCGAAGAGGGCCCUGCUCUUCGAGAUCAAUCCGUCAAUUAGCGUGAAAAACGCGGGUCCGCUGAGCCAUGUCGAGUGAAGAAAGCUACUUGGCCAUCAUACGCUAUCUGACGGAUGAACGGGAGCCGUACGCGCCGGGGACGCCUGGCAACACCAAGAGGAAAAUACGCAAAGCGGCAACUUGCUACGUUGUGAGAAACGGGACUUUGUUUUAUCAACGUCGACUAAAGGGCCAGAAUGACUUCACGGAGCUGGAGGUGGUGCUGCAGGACGGCCGGAGGAGGGAACUCAUCAACCAGGCGCACAUCACCGGAUCAGGGGAGCAUCUCAACCAGCAGCUCACCUGGGAGUCCAUUUCUUACAAGUACUGGUGGAGAGGCAUUCUGAAAAAUGUGAAAGACCACAUCAGAGAGUGUGCUCAGUGUCAGAGCAGGAGGAGUGCAGACGAUGGUUCUGGAGCGCGACUGUUGGCCCGGCCGGGGAGACGCAGGGCGGCUGCCAACGCGAAUGACGAGGACGAGGAAGAGGAGGAAGAAGAGGGAGAUGAUAGUUUAAUCUUCACUGAUGCAUCUUGUCAGCCAAGAUCCAAGUUGGCCAAGACGAUGGCCAAGCAUGAGCUAGUCUUUGUGGACAGUAAGGGCGAGGUGAAUCAGUUCCUGCCCAAACACAGCCAAACCAUGUUGGACAAACUCAACCAGCAGCGCCUCAGCAAUCAGUUCUGUGACAUCACGCUGCUGAUUGAAGGAGAGGAGUACCGUGCUCAUAAAGCUGUGUUGGCAGCGUGCAGUGAAUACUUCAAUGAGCUCUUUUUCGAGAAGGGGGCUGUGUCCACCCAUGAAGCUGUGGUUGACCUCUCUGGUUUCACCAAAGCCAGCUUCCUACCACUGCUGGAUUUCGCGUACACUUCCAUGCUUACGUUUAAUUUCUGCGUGAUGGCAGAUAUUGCCAACCUCGCCCGACAUUUGCUGAUGACGGAGGUGCUGCAGAUAUGCGAGUCUGUGCAUAAGCAGGUGGAGGAACAGAAGCUGACGGUCUAUCAGAGAGGAGACAUCCACACCGUGGUGGCGAGCCAGCCAGCUUCUCAGGAGGGCUUAAAGGAAGAAUCUGGUGCGUACAUGAUGGCCAUACAGGGUGACGGCAGGGCGGUGGUCACCCACAGUGGGGUCACUGUAACGGGGGAGUCCUUAGCUUUUGUUGAACCCUCCAAAGAGGCGUACAUUCAGCAGCCCAUGACAGUCGUCACCCAGGCUGUGGAGGGAGAUGGAGGAGUACAUGAAGGGGAGGCGGCGCAGAAUGAGACUGUGACUCUGAUCACUCACAGCGGACAGGCGGAGGCAGGAGAGACGGUCACUCUUAUUUCAGGCAGCGCAGAAGGAAUGGCGGGGGAGACCAUGACUGUGGUCACCCACAGUGGACAGGCUGGAGCCAGUGAGUCCCUCGCUGUGGUUUCAGCCUGUCUGGCGAUGGAGCAGCCUCAGGUCGCUGAAGCCGGAGCCUUUGUUAUAAAUGUGGACCCAGACAAAGUGAGCCCCUCAGAGGUCACUAAACUAGAAUCUGUGGUCGUCUCUGUCGGGCUGCAGACAGAGGCGGCGCCGGCGCCUCAGGAGAAAGGAGAAUCAGCACUGGCACCGCUCACGCCUACUCCUCAGAAACGGAAACGAGGGCGUCCAGCCAAAGUGAAGAAAGAGGUGGAGGAGUUCAUUCCACAGGAGGAGGAGGAUCCCUCCGCUGAUGAAAGCCAUGAAGACAAACAGGAGAUGAUGUCAGAUGACCCCAACAGAAGACGACUGCGGCAGCGCUCUAUAGCUGAGGGGGGUUAUGCUCGUCUACACAUGGGGCUUGAAGAGGAAGAGGAGGGCAAGAAAGGUUCAACGCCACCGCGUGCUGCCACCCCUAAGGUUGGCCCGAGGCCCGGGAAGAGGGGUAGACCUCCAAAGCAGCCAGUGGAGAAUCAAAUGGAGGAACAGUCUGUGUCUGAGUGUGGGGCGGAUCCAGACGCCAGCGCGGUGGAGAGCGUGACGACAGGAGAGCUCAGCACAGAGGAGGCUGGAACAAAGGUGGCAGAGCCAGAGACCGGAACCAAGCAGGACCCAGCCCCAGCAGAGAGCGCUGCUGACGGAGAGCACACGUGCUCCGAGUGUGGCAUGUCCUUCCAAAGACGCUACUCUCUCAUCAUGCACACAUUAAAACACGAGAAAGCUCGUGGAUACAAGUGUAGCCUGUGUAGUAAAGAGUUCCAGUACGCCGCCUCGCUCCGCGCCCACCUGGCCCGACACAAGCAGCAGAGCAGCCAGCGAGCCCCCGUCACCAAACCCUUAGUAGAACAGAGCUCCGAGGGCAAGGCGGACGGCGAUCUGGAUGAGAAGACUUUAUCGCCACACACCAAAAGAGAAUUCGUGUGCGACAUCUGCGGGAAGACUUUACCAAAGCUCUACUCUCUGCGCAUCCACAUGCUGAAUCACACCGGUGUGCGGCCUCACUCCUGCAAGGUCUGCGGCAAGACGUUCGCCCACAAACACAGCCUGAAGAUGCACAGAGCGCUGCACGAUGUCACCAAGCAGUUCCAGUGUGAGUUCUGUAAGAAAUCUUUUGUGAGCAAGCGGAGCAUGGAGGAGCACACCAGCCUCCAUACAGGUGAAUCAAAGUAUCUCUGCAACACAUGUGGAGCAACUUUCCAUCGAGCGUCUGCUCUGAGCAAACACCUGAAGAAGCACCAGCCCAAACCUGACGUGCGUCCGUUUGCUUGUUCUCACUGUGAUAAAAGGUUCUAUGAAGCCAAAGAUCUCCAGCAGCACAUGAACAAGCACAUGGGCCUGAAGCCCUUCCAGUGCCAGGUGUGCGGGAAAUGCUACAGCUGGAAGAAGGACUGGUACUCCCACGUCAAGUCGCACAGUGUGGCGGAGCCUUUUAAGUGUAACGUGUGUGGGAAGGAGUUCUUUGAGAAGGCUCUGUUCAGGAGGCACGUCAAGAAAGCCACGCACGGGAAGAAAGGCCGAGUAAAGCAGAACCUGGAGAGGGAGUGCGAGCACUGUGGGAGGAAGUUCACUCAGCUGCGAGAGUACAGGCGCCACAUAAACAACCACCAGGGAGUGAAGCCAUUUGAAUGCCUGACGUGUGGUGUUGCCUGGGCCGACGCCCGCUCCCUCAAGCGUCACGUCCGCACGCACACAGGAGAGCGACCGUACGUAUGCCCCAUGUGCCAGGAGGCGCACAUCGACGCACGCACUCUACGCAAGCACAUGGCCAAAUACCACGUGGACAACCUGCCCGGGAAGAUCAUGCUGGAGAAGGACACCCUGCAGUUUCACAACCAGGGCACCCAGGUGGAGCACGCCGUCAGCAUCUUGGCGUCUGACCUGCCUCCGGAGCUCCGCCCCGCCCAGCAGAUGCCCCCAGAGGAGAUCGAGACGGUGCUGAUCACAGAGGAGACGGUGGAGGCCGUGCAGGCCGUCCAGGCUGUGAACGACGGCUCCAUGGCGACGCUGUCAGAUCAAGGCAUCAUGCAGGUCGUGAACUAUGUCCUGGCGCAACAGGCCAUCACAGGGACCAAGCUGGAGGAAAACGCAACUGAAGAGAUUCAGACCAUGGAGGUGGAGGUUGCUCACGUGGCCGAAGUCGAGUAAAUUCAUGCUUCUCGCACAGACUGAUCUCAUCGUUUCCCACAGUCUGUAAAAUGUAACAGAAUGUAAAAAGAUGCCUAUUUUUCUGAAGAUGUACAUAGUGUAAGUGAACCAUGAGUGAGUCCAUUCAGCUCAGAACUGUGUGUUUGAUAUGUUGUUUAUGCACACAGUCACAUUUUUUGUUUUGUUUUCUGUAAAUAACUAGAUAUACGGUAACAAGAUUCAUUAAUGAGUUACAAGUCUAUGAAAUUUGGUACUCAGAAGAAAUAAAUGUAGAAAUGAAGACAAAAUGCAUCUCAUCAGCUGCCUCCACCUUAUUGCUUCUGUUGAAGGAGAAAAGCUGUGAGACGUCACUGUAGCAGUUGUCAUGGUAUUGGGUGUCAUUACUCCCCCUGGUGUCCGCUUGAAGGAUGAACAAAUAAAAAACUGCCUGUA